GAUAUAUACGUGUGAGAGGAGAGGAAAGGUGGCAAAGGAUUUGAUAGACGGAGAAAUAGAAAGAAAAAAGAGGGGAGAGAAAGAGAAAAGGAGAAAAAAAAGAAAGAAAGACAGAGAGAAAGAGAGAGAAAGAAAGAAAGAGAGAGAGGGAGAAAGUGACAGACAGAGAGAAAGAGAAUCAAGAAUCGAAAAGACUCGAAAGUAUCAUUUGACCUGGAGAACUGAAAAAGCACUGUUAAUGUUCGAUGCUAGCGUGCUGCAACCCUACUAACUCUAGCACUAAUGUAUACAGUACCGAGUGGUACUGAGCGAACAUGCGAUUACACCCGAGGUAGGGAGACUAAAGGAUUGUUCAGACUGGCUGAAGAUCUUGUUGCCACACACACCAUGAUUUAUUCUUUCUAUGUAUUCCCACGGAGAUACUCCCACUAAACUGGUAAAACGGGUACGUCAUAAGAAUACGCGGAAAGAAUAAGCUGCGGCGCGGCGUGACGAAACAUGACCAAUAGCGUUUUCGAUCAGUCUGAAUGGACCUUAAGGUGGACGUGUUGAAACAACCAGCGAUGGAAGGAGAACCUCGAAUAGGCGACGCAUCUACGCGAAUAACCCCGGCUCAAUCGAUCUUCCUAUUAUUGUGGCAAAAUUUUGCCACACACUCCGUAACGAUCGUAUGUGACACAUUUCACAGUGUACUUCGCGCGCGCCUGUUGACCAAUAUUUUUUUUAUAAUAAACUUAUUAUUUAUAUACUUUAUCACUCGCGUACACGCAAAAAUAAAUGCUAUGGAGGUCACGUCACUUAAGUAUACCAAAAGUAUACCAAUACUUUUAAUUGCCAACGAAAUUUCUUCAGGGAAGAAUUCAAUCGAUAAUUGAGAAGAAUCUUGAAAAACGCCGAAGUAAAUGAGCGAGAAAUAAAAUAGAAUUGGUAACUUUCAGGUAGAAAACAGAGUUGUAAAUGUUGGUUACUUAGUGAUGUUGUGAAGUACACAUGUAGCAGAAUCUAAUAUCCAUGGAACAUCCGACUCUUAGUAGGAAACUGGGAGAAAAAUUGUUCUAAAAAAGUUGUCACGAAUAUAUAGGUUAAAUAGAUAAGGCUGCGGAUAAUACGAACAGCUUCACGUUCAAAUGGAGAGUAAAGUGAUGGUUUGGAGCACGUUGAGUGGAUAAUGUUCAUCUUCCUGUGACAUGCUCAACGUCACGAAACUGUCACACGUAGUCAUCAUCUCAUGUAUUUGCGUGUUGUGUGUUUGAAUAAAAUAAUGCAAAUACCGCGGAUUUUUCUGUCGCCGACCUCCGUCUUGUAUACUUCCGAUAUGUAGAUAAAUCGCAAAACAAACCCCGAGUGAUAUUGCGAGCAAUAUUUUACCUUCAUUGCGUUGUCGCUGAUUGUAACGCACCAUAUUUAUGGCCGCGAUAGUAUAGAGAUGCGAAUUGAUAUUAAAUACAGAGUAUAUAAUUUUUCGUUAUAGCUGGUAUUAACGUAAUUAGCGUUUUAACGGCCGACAUGUUGACAUACUUUUCGCUCUUAUAAACCCGUGCUGUAUUACAAGCGCCGCUUCAAGGAGUAGCUCACUCGUAAUAGUCGGGAUCGUCGAUAGAGCGAAAAAAGCAAAUAUAUUUUCUUGGUGAGUAAAUUUGAUUGCAACGCCGCGAUCGACUAUUGCAAUAACGACUCUUACGAACAACGGCUCAAGGCUGUGAAAUAUAUAUUUUCUAAGAACCUGCUCUCUUAUAAGAGUUUUUUUAAAAGACUCUUCAGCACAUGAAUAUACGAAUUUUACUUCGCAUGUUCCGCUUAAGAUAUAUCAUAAACAAAUAAUCCUGAGGGUUGUCUUACAUCCCGAAUAGGACAAAUUGGCUAGCUGUUGGCCGAAUGUCGGUUAGCCAACAAAUUGCUGCCCGGGAUAUAUCGGUCGAUAGAGGGUGGACAAAUAUAGAUAUGCAUAUGGUUAUCGGAAAGAUAAACAAGGAAGGUAUCGUAUGAGUAAACAUUGAGGUGCUCAAUAGCUGCCAAUAUUUUACAUGACUGCAAUGAUUAUCUAAAUAUUGAGAUAAAUAUCGAUACAAAUCAAUUUACGUUGCCAACUUCGUAUUGAACAUAUUUCGUAAAGAUCCGGUGCAAAGUCUAUAACCCCUUCGGCAGGAUUUAAUUUGUUGAUACAAUUUUACGUUUUUACGUUCGCACAUUUCCGAUCUAUCCGAAUACAAUGAAACAUUUGGUAAGAGUAGUUUGCGAAUAAGUUGUAUACAUAUGUCAGAGGGUAAAGUACAAAAAAACUGCGACUAAUGUAUGCGGUUAUGUCAAUAUACAACGCACAGUUGAUUUCGCGGAUAAAAUAUAAAUUGUACUACUCAAUUUUCACUAGUGCAGUUAGUGUGAGAUGAAAAAUAUUUGGUUCAUGUUAAUUUUAUAUUACGGAGGUAGUUUAUCUCCUAAAUUUAUGAUAACCAGCUACUACAAAAGACGGUUAGUCGUAGGAUGUGGAUUCUGUUGCAAUCAUUUGAUUCUUUCGAUGCUGUAUGACCUAUAUGAAGAAACACAGUUUACAAUGCAUAUAAGACUGCAUAUAUUGCAAAUAUUAUUGAUUUUAUGCAUUUUCCAAAACGAAUGUAUUGCGAUCAAAUGUUAUCAGUGUAGUAGCAAAAAGAACCAGGAUUGCACCCUUAACAAAGUACACUUUAAAUACCUGAAAACGUGUCCAUCGGGUCAUCCCUAUUGUCGCAAAACCGUUUAUGUGUAUUACUUUAUGGAUUCGCACAACAACCUAACCAUGCGCGAAUGCGCGAAAUCACGCAAUAGCCAAAAUGAAUGUUAUCGAGGACGCUACAGUCGAGAUAGUUAUCAACUUGUUUGCGAAUGCGUGGGAUACGGCUGCAAUCGAUCACAACGAUGCUCAUCCAGCCUCUACUUUCUGUGUACGCUCUUCGUGAUUGUUGAUUACUAUAUUGCCAGGCGAUGAUCGGUCAAUGAAGAGAGCGACGCAAAUUUUCUAAAGCGUUUCCAAGUGGCCACAUCACUGUUAUGCGAGUUACAUCAUCUUUUUUAUGCGUGCAUGCGCUAUGCGUACUUUGUAUAAUACUUUGUAUAAUACACUUGUAAUGUGGGCAAUAUGCGUGUGAAACUUAACUCGCAAUUCUUGUACAGUAUUCCUCUGCGAAGAGACACGUGCAGAAAUAUGCGUGAGAUAUAUUAGGAUGCGGUUAAUCGUUUAAUCUAUUAUAAAUACAGAAAUAUAAAAUAAGUAUAGUCAAAAUAGCGGAUGUAUUGAAAAACUCAUUCAU